AUGUAUCGACCAUCAAUAUUACUACUCAUUGUUGUUCUAUUUUUUCUGGGAGUAAAUGGAUCAAUAUUAGAAGACAAGAAUAAUUGUACAUACACUUCAAAAGUGUCUGGCAACUAUGAAGAUGCACAGAGUUGGUCUUGUGUUCCCACAUUUGAAACCAAUAUGGUGAUCAAUACAACAGUGGUAGUGUCUACCAAUACUACCAACUCUAAUAUUUACAGUGUCAAUCGAUAUGUCCAGAAUGGAGGUUCACUCGUACUAAAGUAUAUUGCUCAAUCGAUUUACGAUCAGACCUUUAUCGUUGGUGAAAACUCUUCCAUCGUCAUUUCCAACAACAAAACAACAAUGACUAUUGACAAGGGAAAGGUAUUAUCCAUUACACAAGGUGCUACAUUCUUAAUUUCAAAAUCAUCAAUCUUGAUUGAAACACCAUUGGUUAAUAUUUCAAAUUCUGGAAAAUAUAUUUUUGAUAAAUCAAAAGGAAUCAUUCCACCAUUUCACAUGUCAUAUGGUAGUUUAUUCAAUACCACACCAUCAUCUGAAAUUCAAAUCCGUCCAGUUGAUUUUGAGAGUAAUGAUACAUUGACUUUAGAUAGUGGAUCAAGAUUCAUUUCAAUUCUAUCAAAUAUCUCUUCUAAAGUUGAAACAAAGAUAUCUGAUUCCCAAGUCACCAUGAUUGGAUCUUUUUUUAAUCAAAAAAAUUCAAACUAUACAACUAAAUUAUCAAAGAUAUUGUUUAGCAAUUCAUCGAUUACUUUUAGAAAUUCAUCGUUUUCAUUUAUAGAUAGUAGUAUUACAUUUAAUAAUUCAGAUAUACAUUGGGAUCAAUUAACACCUCCAGAAGAAGGAAAUGGAAAUAGUUCAACAAAAUCUAAUUAUACAGAUUAUACUAGAAUCAAUCUAUUCAAUUCGACUAUUAUUAAUAUUGGUGAUGGUAGUAAUGGUGCAUUCCAUCUUGGAAGAGUAUUAUUGACUAUAGGCCAAGUCAAAAACUCAUCUAUUUGUCAAUUGAUCAAUAAUGCCAGUAUGACCUUAUCAAAUGUAUCCAAUAUAAAUAAUAAUGAUUUUUAUAUUUAUAAUAAUGGAUAUUUAGAUAUUAGUGGAGGUGUUUUAAAUGCAAGUCUUGUACCAUCAAAUUCUAUGGCUAGUAGAUUAGUUUUAAAACGUGCUACACUCUCUUCAAAACAACCAAUUAUUCUUAAUAAGGGAUCGAUUGAAGGUAUCGGUGAAAUCGAUGGAUUCUUGAAUAUUAGUAAAUCAGCAUCACUAGGUAGAUACCCAGAACCAUCAAUCAUCAACUUUACCAAACCAGUAGCAUUUGAAUUUAAUUCAACCAUUCAUGUCAUUUUGAAUUCGAAUCAAAUGUAUCAAACUAAUUAUACUUUCAAUUCUACGAUUGAAAUGAUGAAUGCAACGAUGAAUCUAACAAUAGACGUAUGGUUUUUGCUAACGAAAUCAAAUGAAAGCUUUGCUGGAGAGUACUUGGUGGUGGGAUUUAACUCUACGAUGGAAGGACAACGCGUCAACAAUGUCAAGCUUCUCGUCGACUUGGUUGGAUUCCCCGAACCAUAUAAAGCUACCCUAAAAAAGGCUUGUAGAUUUAGUACUGAAAUUGGUCCAAAUGGUUUGUCGAUCACAUGGAACAGUUGCAGCAUUGCUAGAGAAAAAGAGAAACUCGUAGGCUCCUCUAUACUCUUUUUGUUUAUGUCUCUAAUCUUGGUAGUUGUCAUUGCAUUUAUAGGUUAUCAUUUAAAUACUCAUCAUUUAAUUUGA